AUGUUUCUUCUCUACAACGCCAUCCAGGUUCACAAUGCCUGUAUCUUUGCCUAUGGACAAACUGGUUCGGGGAAGUCGUACACCAUGAUGGGUUCGGGGGACCAGCCGGGUCUGAUUCCACGGCUGUGCAGCGCUUUGUUUGAACGAACCCAGAAGGAACAGCGGGAGGAGGAGAGCUUCACCGUUGAGGUGUCCUACAUGGAGAUCUACAACGAGAAGGUCCGAGAUCUGCUCGACCCCAAAGGGGGAAGACAAACUCUAAAGGUGAGGGAACAUAAAGUUUUGGGUCCCUACGUAGACGGCCUGUCUCGACUCGCGGUGGCCUGCUACAAGGACAUCGAGUCUUUGAUGUCAGAGGGGAAUAAGUCUCGUACCGUCGCCGCUACCAACAUGAAUGAGGAGAGCAGUCGAUCGCACGGCGUCUUCAACAUCAUCCUCACACACACACUGAAGGACUUGCAUUCUGGGACGAGCGGGGAGAAGGUGAGUCGGCUCAGUCUGGUAGACUUGGCUGGAAGCGAGCGAGCAGCAAAGACCGGAGCGGCGGGGGAACGACUGAAGGAGGGAAGCAACAUUAACAAGUCUCUCACCACGCUGGGCCUCGUGAUCUCUGCGCUCGCUGAACAAGGCACAGCCAAGAACAAGAACAAGUUUGUUCCUUACAGAGACUCCGUUCUCACGUGGCUGCUGAAGGACUGCCUGGGCGGCAACAGUCGCACGGCGAUGGUCGCUACCGUGAGCCCAGCAGCCGACAACUACGAGGAGACGCUGUCAACGCUGCGCUACGCAGACCGCGCAAAGAGCAUCGUUAACCACGCAGUCGUCAACGAGGACCCCAACGCGCGCAUCAUCAGGGAACUCCGAGAGGAAGUAGAGAAGCUACGAGUGCAGCUGACUCAGGCGGAGUCGUUAAAGGCUCCCGAGCUGAAAGACCGCCUGGAAGAGUCCGAAAAGUUGAUCCAAGAGAUGACCAUCACGUGGGAGGAGAAGCUUCGCAAAACCGAGGAGGUUGCACAGGAGCGCCAGAAGCAGUUGGAGAGUCUGGGUAUUUCUCUCCAGUCUUCAGGGAUUAAAGUUGGAGAUGAUAAGAGUUUUCUCGUCAACCUUAACGCGGAUCCUGCCCUCAACGAACUGCUGGUGUACUAUCUGAAGGAACACACUAAGGUGGGCUCGGCGGACUCUCAGGACAUCCAGCUGUGCGGCAUGGGCAUCCAGGCAGAGCACUGUGUCAUCGACAUAACGGCGGAUUGCGCGGUCAUCCUCAGUCCCUACCGCAAUGCUCGGACAUGUGUUAAUGGUUCUCCAGUGAGCAGCGCUCUGCAGCUGCACCAUGGCGACCGAAUCUUCUGGGGUAACAACCACUUUUUCAGGAUCAACCUGCCUAAGCGGCGCUCCCGGGGAGCUGAGGAUGACGAGGGGGAGGGUGGCGUGAUGAAGAACAGUGGCAGCAGUGAACAGCUGGAUGCGGACGGUGACACGGCCAGCGAGGUGUCCAGUGAAGUCAGCUUCUCCUACGAGUUUGCGCAGACAGAAGUCAUGAUGAAGGCCCUGGGCAAUAAUGACCCCAUGCAAGCAGUCCUGCAGUCUCUGGAGAGGCAACACGAGGAGGAGAAGCGCUCGGCUCUGGAGAGGCAGAGGCAAAUGUACGAGCAGGAGCUCCAGCAGCUCCGCAAGAAGCUAAACCCGGACCGCCUGUCGGCCGGCCCCUCUGGAGGACCCACGUCCGGCCAGCAAGGCCAAGGACAGCAGUCUCACUACCGCAGCCUGGAGAGACUCAGCAUGGGAGGGAUGACUCAUUCGACCAGCGCUCAGAGCAGACUUAGACAGUGGAAUGAGGACAGGGAGGCGGUGUUGGUCAGGAGUUUGCGGCGGUUGAGGGAGCAAAUAGUGAGAGCCAACCUCCUGGUGCAAGAAGCCUGUUUCAUCUCUGAGGAGCUGGAGCGAAACACGGAGUACAGAGUCACGCUGCAAAUCCCAUCGGACAACCUCAACGCAAACCGCAAGAGGGACGCAGUGCUCAGUGAACCAGCGAUUCAGGUCCGGCGUCGUUGUCGAGGGAAGCAGAUCUGGAGUCUGGAGAAGAUGGAGAACCGUCUGGUUGACAUGAGAGAGCUCUAUCAAGAGUGGCAAGACUACCAUCUCCAUCACCAGGACGACCCUGUGAUGCGCUCAUAUUUCCGGCGAGCAGACCCGUUCUUUGACGAACAGGAAAACCACAGUCUGAUCGGCGUUGCGAAUGUAUUCCUCUCCUGUCUCUUCUAUGACGUCAAGCUGCAGUACGCUGUUCCCAUCAUCAACCAGAAGGGGGAGGUGGUCGGCCGUCUUCACGUGGAGGUGGUGAGGGUUGGAGGGGGAUUAGAGGACAACAUUGCUGGAGGGGAUGAACCCGACAACAACCAAGAUACUGAAGUGCCGGAUCGCAAACUGGUCUGCAUGAUUAAGAUCCUGCAGGCCACUGGUCUUCCCCAGUACCUGUCCAACUUUGUCUUCUGUCAGUACUCUUUCUGGGACCAGCCUGAGCCCAUCAUCGUGGCUCCUGAAGUAGACCCAGCGUCCUCGUCGCCCAGCACCAAGGACCCGCACUGCAUGGUGGUGUUUGACAGCUGCAAGGAAGUGGCUGUGUCAGUGACCGAGGAUUUCAUUGAAUACCUCACUGAAGGGGCAGUUGUCAUCGAGGUAUUUGGACACAGGCAGGCUGAUGCAGGAAGAAACCCGGCCCUGUGGGACCUCAGCAUCAUCCAGGCCAAGACGCGCACACUACGAGACAGGUGGAGUGAGGUAACACGUCGCCUGGAGAUGUGGAUUCAAAUCCUGGAGAUAAACGAGAACGGAGACUUUGUCCCAGUGGAGGUGGUUCCUGCUCGCGAUAUUCGCACCGGGGGAAUCUUCCAGCUUCGGCAGGGUCAGUCGAGGCGAAUCCAGGUGGACGUGCAUUCGGUGCAGGACUCGGGCACCAUGCCUCUGAUAGCAGAAAUACUGCUCGCAGUGUCAGUGGGUUGUGUGGAGAUCCGAAACACAGCAGCGGAACCGGAGGGCGAUGAGAUGGACAGCUAUCAGGAAAGAGACCUGGAACGUUUGCGCAGGCAGUGGUUAUCUGCUCUCACCAAGAGACAGGAAUACCUCGACCAGCACCUGCAGAGCCUGGUCAGCAAAGCAGAGAAAACAGAGGAUGACAUGGAGCGGGAGGCCCAGCUGCUGGAGUGGCGCUUGACGCUGACGGAGGAGAGAAACGCUGUCAUGGUGCCCUCUGCUGGCAGCGGCAUCCCAGGAGCACCUGCUGAAUGGGUUCCUCUGCCGGGCAUGGAGACCCAUACUCCCGUCCUCUUCCUCAACCUCAAACCUGAUGACCUCAGCUCUCAAGAGCAGUUUGAGGUUCCUGAGGCCGGAGGCUGGGACGCCACGCUCAGUGGAGAGGACGAGGACGACUUCUUUGACCUCCAGAUCGUCAAACACUACGACGGAGAGGUCAAAGCAGAGGCAUCAUGGGACUCUACCGUCCACGAGAGUCCCCAGCUCAGUCGUGGGGGGGCGUGGCCGGAGCACCGGGUGUACCUGACUGUUCGAGUGGUGGUGCAGCUCAGCCACCCCGCCGACAUGCAGCUGGUCCUGAGGAAGAGGAUCUGCGUCAACGUGAACCCGGGGCGCCAGGGCUUUGCACACAACUUCCUCCGAAGGAUGUCCACCCGCAGCACCAUACCUGGCUGCGGGGUCACCUUCGAGGUGGUCUCCAACAUCCCCGGGGACGCCCCUGGCUCAGAGGACAGGGAGAUGCUGGCCAACCUCGCCGCCAGCGCACACAACAGCCAGUCAGGCGAUGACGAGGCCGCCAUCGAGAAAUACCUCCGCAGUGUCCUCAGCCUGGAGAACAUCUUGACUCUGGAUCGGCUCCGACAGGAGGUGGCAGUGAAGGAGCAACUGACUAACAGAGGGAAGAGCAACAGACGGAGCAUCAGUUCUCCUUCUGUCCACAGGCUGUCUGGCAGUAGACAAGACUUGUCCACGACCUGCCUGGAGGACAAGGGCCGAUGGGAGAGUCAGCAGGACAUCUUCAUGCCGUCUCAGUUUUCCCGCACCCUCCCCCGGCCCGCCUCCUCCCCUUCCACCUACUCCACCUCCCCGUCUUCGUCCCCGACUCCCUUUGGCAUUUCGCCCCCGCAGAACCAGGAGCCUGAGCAAGGUCGUUCAGGACUUGCUGCCUCUUAUCUUUCAGUUAAGGGGCUCGUUCCUCAGAUGCCCAAACUGCUCAAGUCUCUGUUUUCCGCGCGGGACGAAAAGAAGGAGCUGAAACCGUCUCCACAGAAACAGCAGGGCAGCAGAACUCAGCUCUUACCGUGUGGAUGGGAAAACCAACCCUCCCCCUCCAUGACAUAAAAAUUUCAUUAAUGG